AUGUCGGAAGAUGCUGCAGACGGUAUUAAUUCCCAACGUAUGGAGAUUGAUAAUGGCUUCGACUUGUCAAAUAAUGGCGAAUUAAGUGAAAAUGAGAAUUCGAUUAAUGUGUCACAAGGUGACAAAGAAUCACAAGAUAAUUUUACUUUUGAAGAAAACGAUUUAUUUCAUUUUCUUAAUUCCACUUUAGAAGGUCAGAUAGUUUUAAGGAAAUAUAAAAUUACUGGUAAUCUCGAUUAUGUCAGACUUAAAGAUUUGAUAAUUAUGAGGGAGAUAAAAAAAGAUCCUAUUAACUAUUCGUAA